AUGGUUCAUGAGCGACGAAUUAGUGAUAUAAUGGAGAACGGUAAACUUUCGCCAAUCCCUGAAGAUCCGACUUCUCCUAUUGUAGAAAUGGAAAUGGAUUUAGAUGCGAAUUUGGAAUGUGAGAUUAACAAAAAUUAUGAAGGAUAUUCGGCCGACGACGACGAAAACGUAAUGGAAUU